AAUAAUCACUGCCUGGCUCCGGGGGCCGUGUUCAUUAUUCCAAAGGAUGGCAGAUGGGGAGAAGGGGGUUGGGAAAUAUUAAAGAAGUGUGAGAGAUGGUUUCCUUGGGACCUUGAGGUACCGGAAGCGGCAUGGGAACCCUGUUGAAGACGGACUUCCGGUUUGGCUCACAGUAGGGAGACAGCUUUGAAUAAUUACUCAUUGGAUGGAAUCGGGAACACAUAAAGUGUGAUAUUUUUAGUAAAUGUUACGUAAUUGAAGAAGGGCAAGAAGAAGUCAAUGAAAUAGCCCUUGAACGCCUCCUUCUACAGUAACUGCGUAUGUCUACAAGUCUAAAGAAAUCACCAUAGAGUAUGAGAACUUGGGAGACUACGUUUCCCAGACACCUCCACGGGGUCUACAACUACCGAGCACCCCUUGGAACACUGACGUCUUCCGGAAACGUGCACGUGCAAGCUGCCCGCAAUACGUAAUGGCGACCAGACGCCUUUUAGGGGCUACCCGGACGUGGGCCAGCUGGGGGACCCGGGAGCUCCUAGACCCCGCCUCUCCUAGAAGGCUCCUGGUCCGGGAUUAUGCUAAGAAACCAGUGAUGAAGGGGGGCAAAACCGGAAAAGGUGCAGUGGCCAGUGAGGCCCUCAAGGACCCCGAUGUGUGCACAGAUCCUGUCCGGCUCACCACAUACGCCAUGGGCGUCAACAUCUACAAGGAAGGGCAGGAUGUACCCCUGAAACCGGAUGCUGAGUACCCUGAAUGGCUGUUCGAGAUGAACUUGGGCCCCCCAAAGACCCUGGAGGAGCUGGAUCCCGAGAGCCGGGAGUACUGGCGGCUGCUGCGGAAACAGAACAUCUGGCGCCACAACCGGCUGAGUAAGAACAAGAAGUUGUAGCGCGGCGGGCCCGGCCUGCCGACCCCGCCCCGAGGGCUUGCUGCGUAGCGUGCUGGGCCCGGCCUCCCCUUGCCGUUUUCCCAGAGGACGUGGACUUUUGUGAGACAAGAGGUGGCUCCCCAGCCUGAGUUUCCAUGUGACCCCACAGUGGGGCUGGACCAGGGCCCUGGAGGCCAAUAAAGACCUUUCUGGGUAGACCCU